GCAUACUACGAGUGGAGCAGCUGGGCCCCGCCGACAGAUCGCAAGAUGCAGUACCAGUCCCGCGACAAGGUGAAGACUCGUUUCAUGGUACUCGCCCACCUGGCAAUCCAAACAGUAAGAGCGAAGAAAUCGGGCGAGGAGCUUAAGGAGGAGAUGAGCAUGCUGAAGUACGCGCUAGACCAGGCCAAACCCUUGAGCGAGGUCAAAGCGGAACAGGUGGCCCGGCGAACACCCAAGAUGGAAGAUUUGAAGAAAACCAAGUGCCGCAUCGCCACGCUGGAGGCCCAGGUCGGAGAACUCGAGUUCGAUAUCGAGGACACCAAGACGGUCGUGGCGGAGACCGAGAAACAAGAUUGCCGCCGAGCUCCACGACAUCAUGCCCGAGCCUGCUGGUGCCGAAAUGACGGUAGAGACGAGGACGACGGCACCAAGGGCAGCAGCCGCAACGCAG